GUGGACACCUUAAAAAUACAUAUAUAUUUAUAUAUAUAAUCGAUAACUAUACGCGUGUACACACACACACACUCACACGGGCAGGGAUGUGCGCGUAUAUACACGCGGCGGUAUAAAACACACGGGAGGAGGAGAGACAAUCCAGGGUGAAUUCCUCGUGCCUCCAUUCCCGGGGAAAGGGGGGAGCAGCCGCUCGCAAGCAUCACCCUUCUGUGGCAAGAGGCACCCGAAAGGAAAACUUCUGCAUAUCAAUGCACUGCCAAUGGUGGUGUAAUACCAAGGGCUGUACUGCUGCCACAUCACAAUUUUGUGGGGUUUCAGAGAGUAGUUCUGGGUUGUGUCCUUUGUUGUGACCUCAUGGUUUAACUGGGAAUAAAGAUGAGUAUAAGCAGUGAUGAGGUUAACUUCCUGGUAUAUAGAUACUUGCAAGAGUCAGGGUUUUCCCAUUCAGCAUUUACCUUUGGUAUAGAGAGCCAUAUCAGCCAGUCUAAUAUAAAUGGUGCUCUGGUGCCACCAGCUGCUUUGAUUUCCAUCAUCCAGAAAGGUCUGCAGUAUGUAGAGGCAGAAGUCAGUAUUAAUGAGGAUGGUACCUUGUUUGAUGGUAGGCCGAUAGAGUCUCUCUCACUGAUAGAUGCAGUGAUGCCUGAUGUGGUACAGACAAGACAGCAGGCCUACAGAGACAAACUUGCACAACAGCAGGCAGCAGCUGCUGCAGCUGCAGCUGCCACCAACCAACAAGGAUCAGCAAAAAAUGGAGAAAAUACUGCAAAUGGAGAGGAGAAUGGAGCACACACUAUAGCAAAUAAUCACACGGAUAUGAUGGAAGUAGAUGGAGAUGUGGAAAUCCCUCCCAACAAGGCAGUGGUGCUGCGUGGCCACGAAUCCGAAGUGUUCAUCUGUGCCUGGAACCCCGUCAGUGACCUUCUGGCCUCAGGGUCUGGUGAUUCGACAGCGCGGAUCUGGAACCUCAGUGAGAACAGCACGAGCGGCUCCACGCAGCUGGUGCUGCGGCACUGCAUCCGGGAAGGGGGGCAGGACGUGCCCAGCAACAAGGACGUGACAUCGCUGGACUGGAACAGUGAAGGUACACUUCUAGCAACUGGGUCUUAUGAUGGCUUUGCAAGGAUAUGGACUAAAGAUGGUAAUCUUGCCAGCACCUUAGGGCAACAUAAAGGUCCUAUAUUUGCGUUAAAAUGGAACAAGAAAGGAAACUUCAUUUUAAGUGCAGGAGUGGACAAGACCACAAUUAUUUGGGAUGCCCACACUGGCGAAGCCAAGCAGCAGUUUCCUUUUCAUUCUGCACCAGCAUUAGACGUUGAUUGGCAGAGUAACAACACAUUUGCCUCUUGCAGUACAGACAUGUGUAUUCACGUUUGUAAACUAGGACAAGACAGGCCCAUCAAAACCUUCCAGGGUCACACAAAUGAAGUAAAUGCAAUCAAAUGGGAUCCAACUGGUAAUCUGCUGGCAUCCUGCUCUGAUGACAUGACUCUAAAGAUCUGGAGUAUGAAACAAGACAGUUGUGUCCAUGAUCUACAAGCACACAACAAAGAAAUUUAUACUAUCAAAUGGAGUCCAACAGGACCAGGAACAAAUAAUCCAAAUGCCAAUCUUAUGUUAGCAAGUGCAUCCUUUGAUUCUACUGUUAGGUUAUGGGAUGUAGACAGAGGAAUUUGUAUUCAUACUCUGACAAAACAUCAAGAACCUGUGUACAGUGUAGCUUUCAGUCCUGAUGGCAGGUACCUGGCCAGUGGCUCCUUUGAUAACAUGGUACACAUCUGGAAUACACAGACAGGUGCCCUAGUUCACAGUUAUCGGGGAACAGGAGGGAUUUUUGAGGUUUGCUGGAAUGCAGCAGGAGACAAAGUUGGAGCAAGUGCUUCAGAUGGUUCAGUUUGUGUAUUAGACCUCCGGAAAUAGCGCUCUUAGUUGGAAAGCCAUGGACCGACUAUGAAUGUGUACAUAGCCAAAAUGACUGUCCCUGACCCAUGUACUGCUAUAGUCCCAAUCGAACCAUGGCCAGUCCACUACAGCCAAAUGUAAAAGAAAUAUAUACAUAUACUGUAUAUAAAAAAAAAAGAGGAAAAAAAAAAAAAAAAAAGAGGAGAAAAAAAAAAUUACACCCUGAAGAGGAUGACAGAGUUUUGUCACAGCUUGUGAAUCCUGUUCACCAAGUGCUGGAAUCUGCUGUGCCCCAAAAUAACAUUUAAAGGUUUUGGAUAUGAAAAAACAGAAGAGAGCGAGAGAGAGAGAGAAAUAUACCAUAUACAAGAGCAGACCCAUAUACAUACCAAAAUCAGAAGAUACUAAUGGCAGCCUUCAUUACCCUUCCCCCAGAAAUCCAUUCUCACGUGGAUUGUGGGGGAUUUUUGUGUUCCUUCUCAGUAGUUGAGCAGUUUGUGUGUACAGAGAAAAUGGACUUACAGAAAUCUGCAGCAGUAGUUUUUUUUCUUCUUUGCUUUUAAACAUUGGGUUUUCUGUUUUGUUUUGGUUAAGUUUACGGAUGCAUGAAGUAAGGGAGUGAUUUAGUUUCUUGUUUAUAUUUUUUCACCUUGGAAAAAGAAAAAAAAAAGCGGUUUCUUUGAAACAUGUUUUUUGAUGCAUUCUUUGAAGAGGUUAGUUUGAACCUGAUAAUGUUUGGUACAUUUUGUGGCUCCCAGAGCACAAUUUUGUGAACAGAGGGAGGGUGGAAAAGGGAUUAGGGAGAGAGAAGAAAAAAAAAAUCCUUCUUUGUGGCAUGAUAUUUCACAUCUUUCUCAUCUACAAAGUAGGAUGGAAAUGGGUAUAAUGCUAUGUUUGAUUUUCUGGUGACAUGGCUGAAAUGCAGUAAUUUCUUAUUUGGGACAUAAUUCUGCCAAACUUAAGAACAGAAGGGCACAAAAACAGAGGAAAAAAAAACAGGGAUGCAAAAAAAACAAAAAAAAAAAAGAAAAAAAGAAAGAGGAAAAAUGCAUCUUCUGUUGCUUUAAGACCAUAGCUAAAAUAUGGUUAAAUUGUGCACUAUUGUGAAAAGGAGCAAAGUAGAGCUGGGGGAUUUGGUUUUAAGAGGUUAAGAUCUUUCUGGACAAGGGUUCAUGCCACAGCUUCUUUGAGAGUUGCCCAUCAUUAUUUGUAGGAGCUUAGAUGUAUAAUUGUAACCAAACUCCAGUAUUAAAAGUAUUUCAUGUAAUUUUUCUUUAUUAAAAUAAAAUCUUUGGCAUAUAUUUGAUAACACUGCCAUUAAGAGGCAAAAUGUUUACUACCUUAGAUUUUAAAAAAAAUCUUAAACAGAGGACUUGCUUCAAGUUUAUUUUAAUAGCAGUGAUUCAGCUUAUUUAAAAGAUGAAUACUUGCACUAAUUCCCCUGCUGCUCUGGUCCUGCAGUUUAUUGUAUCUUGUGACUACAUUUUUUUCCAAAUAUAGGGUAGAUGUAAGCUGCUAUUUUUUUAAUAAUCACUACUAUAUAGUGUCUUUUACUCUGUUUACAAUAUCAAGUAUUUUUCUUACAAUGACAGAUGUAUAUGGCAAACCUUUUUCUGCUCAUGUGAUUUAAAGUAUACUAAUAGUGAUUUUAUUUGUAAA